GAGCGGGUCGGGGCGGCGGCUCGGAGGCGGGCGCGGGCGGCCCCGGGUCCUCACCUCCCUGUCCCGUCCCCGUGUGUUUGCAGGCUGGGGCUGUCCCGCACCUGAGGCAGGAAAGAUGGUGGCCGCGAAGAAGACGAAAAAGUCGCUGGAGUCCAUCAACUCCCGGCUCCAGCUGGUGAUGAAGAGCGGCAAGUACGUGCUGGGCUACAAGCAGACGCUCAAGAUGAUCCGCCAGGGCAAGGCCAAGCUGGUCAUCCUGGCCAACAACUGCCCGGCGCUCAGGAAAUCUGAAAUCGAGUACUACGCCAUGUUGGCCAAGACCGGGGUCCAUCACUACAGCGGCAAUAACAUCGAGCUGGGCACAGCCUGUGGGAAAUACUACAGAGUGUGCACGCUGGCCAUCAUCGAUCCAGGUGAUUCUGAUAUCAUCAGAAGCAUGCCAGAACAGACUGGUGAAAAGUAAAUCAUGCAAAAGUUUUCUGUAAUAAAUUAGUUAUUUUAAAAACA